UCCAAGCAACUCAAUUAAAUCCCAAACCUUUUGGCGGAGAUGAAGUUUGCGAAAAAGUUCAUUAUCCACCAGAAAUUUUAGAACCAGUACCAAAAUUAAAACAAUGCCUUUCUACUAUCAAUGGAUUGGCCGUUUAUCCGGGUGAUCCAGACUAUUAUGAAAGUAUUAAAGUUGCAAAUUGUCGAAAUUCCUACUUUCCCGUUGUGAUAAUAUAUGUUACAAAAAUUUUAGAUAUUCAAAUAUCACUUUAUUGUGCAAAUGCUUUAAACAUUCCUGCUACUGCCAGAUCUGGUGGACACUCUUAUGAAGAAUAUGGAAAUGGUGGAAGAAAUGGAGUUAUGGUGAUUGAUGUACAAAAAUUCAAUCAAAUAAUUAUUAAUAAAGAAACGAAAACAGUUGUUAUCGGAACUGGAAAUAGAUUAGGUCCCAUUUAUUAUAAUUUAAAUAAAGCUGGAUUUUUAAUUCCAGGAGGGAGUUGCCCUAAUGUUGGUAUUGGUGGGCAUGCUACUGGUGGUGGUUUCGGGUUUGUUGCAAGAAAGUACGGAUUGUCAUCCGAUAGUAUUAUUAGUGCUGAAAUGGUUACAGCGAAUGGAACUUUCUUAUCACCUAUCAACUCCACACAUUAUUCGGAUCUAUUUUUUGCGCUUCGAGGCGCUGGUAAUGCCGGUUACGGCAUAAUAACCACUUUCACCUAUAAAAUCUAUCCUAUACCACCAAUAGUUACUUCAAUUAAUAUCUCCUACGUUUCAGAACAAGUCGAAAUGGCAUUCAUGUCACUUGCAAAAGUGGCUGAAAAUCUUAAUGACAACAUAACACCAUACAUGCGAUUACUACCUGAUAGUAAUGACACAUAUACAUUUUCAAUUAUUGCUAUAUAUUUGGGAUCAGCAAAAGAGGCACAAAGUGCAGUCAAAGAAUUAAUCGAAUUAUCAAACCCUGCAUACAUGAAAUUUGAAGAAAUGACUUGGUGGGAUGCUAUUUCUGAAAAUGCCACAAUGCAAACAAUAUUCCCAGUAUUUGAUCGCGAACCUUUUAAAGCCACAUCUUUUGAUGUCGCGCCACCAGGUCUUUCUCGAGAAGGCCUUAAAUUUUUAAGGAACUUUCUUAAUAAUAUUGAAUGUUAUACAAAAGCAUUAAUCGAUGUAUAUGCUGGUGGUGCAGUAAGUAGAUUUCCGUUAAACAGUUCAUCCUUUACUCAUAGAGGUACUUUUUAUACCAUACAAAUAGCAAUGCAUCUAAAAGAUCGUAGCAAAGAAGUUCAAGUUAAAUGCCUAGAGAAACAUUUGCAAUUUAGGCAAGAAUUUCAGGAAAGAUAUACUACAUAUUUUAGCUAUCAAGAUUAUAUUGAUAAAGACUUGCCAGAUUGGGAAACUAGAUAUUAUGGAUUUAAUUUGCCUAGAUUGGUUGAAACUAAAAAGAAAUAUGAUCCUCAUAACUUAUUUAACUGGCAACAAAGUAUUCCUCUAAAAUUGGCAUAA